UACAACACCCAAUACACUUUUAGCACCUGCGCAACCUGUCUUGCUAGAGCUUCCCUUCUAGCUACACCGCAAACAUGGUUCUCGGCAAAGUCGCCCACUAUGCCUUCGAUGCAGUAUUGAUAUCCGCCUUCCUCGCUGGCGUUCGCCGCUCUACCGGCCUCACUGUGAAAUCAGAGAACUUCACCGAGACACCCGGCCUGAAGAAGUGGAUCGACAACUACCUGUGGGUUGGCGAAUGGACCAUGGAUCAGAGCGUUGCUGUAUUCGGCACGUCGGGAUACUUCGAGCGGAAGCGCUGA